AUGGGCCUCCUCCUCGAGAACGCCCUCUCGGAGGAACUGCCACACCACCCACCUCCUCGCCCCUCGCCGUCCACCUCUCACUCCGGCCCUCGCUCAUCGCCACCAUCCUCGCCAACCACCACGGCCAACGACACGGACAAGAUGCUCGCAGCAUCCAUCGGCGCAGUCUUGACCUCGCUCACCAUGACCCCGUUCGACGUCGUAAAGACCCGUCUCCAGACCCAGGCCCCGCCGAGACCGAGUCCGCUAUCGUCCCUCGCGCGCGCGACCAACCCCGCCUCGUCCACCUCGCCCUGGCCCCCUCCCGUCCCGAGCACCUCGUCGGCUCCACCGCCUCGACCCGCCCAGCGACACCUGACGGGCUUCCUCGAUGCCCUGACCCACAUCCUGCGCGCCGAGGGCCCCGCCGCCCUGUGGCGCGGCACGGCGCCCGCCCUCGCCAUGUCGGUCCCGGGCCAGGUCGGCUACAUGGUCGGCUACGACGCCCUGCGCCGCACCGCCCUGCGCCACCUCGCCGCGUCCGACCACGCCCACUCGGCCGCCCAGGUCGCCGUCCCGCUCGUCGCCGGCAGCGCCUCGCGCGCCGCCGUCGCCGUCGCCCUCUCGCCGUUCGAGCUCGUGCGCACCCGCCUCCAGGCCCAGACGCGCUCGACCCGCGUCCCGCUUGCCGCCCUCGUGGCCGAGCUGCGCUGGUCUACCGCCUGGCGCGGCCUGAGCAGCACCCUGUGGCGCGACGUGCCCUUCUCCGGCGUCUACUGGGCCGGGUACGAGGCCAUCAAGCGCGCCCUCACCGGCGGCAGGGGCAUGGGCGAGCAGCACGGCGCCAUACCGGCGGGCUCGGGCCGGCGCACCGCCGCAGCGAGCAACGACGGCGCGAGGGGAGAGUUCGCGACGGCGUUCGUCAGCGGCGCAGGGAGCGGCAUGAUCGCCGCCACGCUCACCAACCCAUUCGACGUCGUCAAGACGCGGCGGCAGGCGCCGUCGGCCUCGACCAAGGGCGACGAGGCGCGCACGCUCGCCCUCCUGCGCCACAUCGUCCGCAACGAGGGCUGGGCGGCGCUGUGGAGCGGCUUGACGCCUCGCCUCGCAAAGGUCGGCCCGGCGUGCGGGCUCAUGAUCGGCUGCUACGAGGGCAUCAGCGGCUGGCGAGGCGCGCAGCGGGCGGCGACCGAGCGCGGCGAGCUCGAGUGA